AUGUCAAAGCCACGAGUGAUCUAUUGGUUCCGGACUGACCUACGGCUUCACGACUCACCAGCCCUCAAAGCAGCUUUGGAUCUUAAGCCGGAAUGUCUCUAUCCUAUCUGGACAUGGGAUCCCCACUACGUGUACCACGCUCGUGUUGGGCCAAAUCGAUGGCAAUUUCUCUUGGACUGCCAAAAGGACCUUUCUAAAUCAAUCACCAAACUCAACCCCCAGUCAAAGUUGUUCCUCAUCCGCGAAGCCCCUCAAACGCUGUUCCCUAAGCUUUUCGAGGAAUGGAAAAUUACGCAUGUGGUGUUUGAAAAAGAUACAGAUGCUUACGGACGGGACAGGGACGACAAAGUGAAAGAGCUAGCAAAGAAAGCCGGUGUCGAGGUCAUCACCAGGCCUGGACGCACCCUGUACGACUCGGAUGAGCUGGUCAAAGCGAACAACAACAAACCCACCAUGAGUAUAAGCCAGGUCCAACACGCAGGGGCGAAGAUCGGAGACAUUGCACAACCAAUACCCGCCCCAACGUCGCUUCCAGAUCCAGGAUCCACAACUCUCAGCUUCAACCAGCAAAAGCCGGCUAGUGACCCGGAUAUCAAUGCAAUCCAGCGCGAUGCGGAAGAGAAGUCUUACAACGCCCUUGCAGGCCCGAAUGGUGACUUCGCUGUUCCCACAAUGGAAGAGCUCGGCCUCAAACCCGCCACAACACCACAUCGUGGCGGUGAGACAAUAGGCCUGAAGAUGCUCGACGAAAUCAUCGCGAAUGAAGACUAUACUGCCACAUUCGAGAAGCCAAAAACCGCACCUACAGCCUUCGAACCCCAAGCAACGACUCUCCUCUCCCCUCAUAUGCAUUUCGGGUCUGUCAGUUGCCGCGAGUUCUACUGGCGUGUCCAAGACGUGGUUUCCGAAUACAAAGGCAAAGCCUCACAACCGCCAACCAGUCUCACGGGCCAGCUUCUCUUCCGCGACAUGUACUUCGGUGCCCAGGCCGCACUUGGUUACACCUUCGGCCAAACCUACAACAAUCCGCAGUGCCGCUUCAUCCCGUGGCAUCUUCCCUCAGAAAUCGACACCAAGUCUGGUCUCAUAACGGGGAAAUACCUCGUGGAUAACGCAGAAGCAGAGGUCUUCUUCAAGCGCUGGAAAGAAGGCCGCACAGGGUUCCCGUGGAUCGACGCGCUGAUGAGGCAGCUCAGGUACGAGGGCUGGAUACACCACUUGGGGCGACAUGCUGUGGCGUGUUUUCUCACGCGUGGCGGGUGCUACGUUGACUGGGAACGCGGCGCAGAAGUCUUCGAAGAAUGGUUGAUUGACCACGAGGCUGCGUGCAAUAUCGGCAACUGGCAAUGGCUUGCUUGCACGGCUUUCUUCGCGCAGUUCUACAGAUGCUACAGCCCUAUCGCGUUUCCGCAGAAAUGGGACAAGGAAGGUAAUUUCGUCAGGAAGUACGUCCCAGAGCUGGAGCACUUCGAUAAGAAGUACAUCUACGAGCCGUGGAAAGCGCCCAUUGUAGACCAGAAGAAGUGGGGUUGCCUAAUCAAGGGAGAUGGGACUAAGACCGGGGACGUGGAGUUGAAAAUGUAUCCAAAGCCGAUGCUGGACUUCCCGAAGCAGAGAGAGAUUUGUAUACAGGGUAUGAAGAAUGCGUACCAUAUCGGGCUUUAUGGAAAUAACUCGAAGGUGUUGGAUGGGACUUGGAGGAAGUUGUUCGAUGAUAGCGCGGAAGGGCCGACGGAGGGGACAGAAGGGCCUCCGGGAGCUAUGGUGGAGCAUGAGGCUGACAAUGCGGAUGCUGAUGGCGCGGACGAUGGGGAACAUGCAGCUCCCCCUAGCCCGAAAAGUGAAAAGAAGACUCCCAAGAAGACGACUGAAAAAGGCAAGGGCGGACACAAGAGAGAAGCCAGCCAGUGUACGCUCGACGGCAUGAUCACUCGCAAAAAGAAGAAAGACUAG